GACUCACCAUCGUCACCCCUCACAAUGUAAUGUCGACUUGAUGUGACAGUGACUGGUUGUUGUCUUGACCCCAAAUCCCCAUCACUUGUUGCUGCAUUGAUCAGUCAACCAAUCAAUCAGGCCAGCCCACAGAUCCCCCCUGGACGGUGUUUGUUUGAUUGGAAAGCACUAAAACAAAGGGAGAAAGAGAAAAAAAAAACACUCCAUCGUCAUAAGUACAUAAAACCAAGUACACUACCCUAGUCGCUCAUCAUUUAUCAUCCCUCAUCCCUCAUCCCUCAUCCCUUAUCCCUCAUCCAACCGAAAAAAAAAAGGUCCCAAACAUCCAGAAAGAGUCAUCUGUUUGAUAUUGACAUACAUCCCUCUUCGCCUUGUUCCCAAUCUCACCCACUCUGCCUUUUUUCCUAUUCCUAUUUCCAUUCCCAUUCCCAGUCGCAAGAAAGAGAUCAAACGUACGACUGACGGACUCCCUACACUGCACUACACAAUUCUCUCUUACAUCACAUCACAUCACACUUUGGGCUGCUCCCUUGCUUGAUCACCAAUCACACCUUCAAAUUUCCGAUCCUUGCUUAUCCUAGAAAUUCGUUCAUAUCUUUUUUCCCCUCGUGUCUCGCCUUACUUGUUACAAGGAAUUUGAAUCCGAUUCCACCCCUUCUCUUCAUAUUCUCGCAAUUUCAAUAUUGUGUUUUAUCAAAUUAUCCGAUUUAUUUACUUACUAAAAAUGUCUUCCAUCUCACAGGCCAUUAAAAAUGCCCUCCAUCGGGGCAAAGGAGGUGCAAAGGGCAACGAAGACACGAAGAAGGCUGCACCUGCACCUGCCGCGGCAACUGUCCCUCAACACCACGCUAAAUCAGAUCCCAACGUAAUGGCCCAUCAAGCACAUCAAGUCCCUGGAGGUGACGCAUAUUCAGUUGCAAACGAAGACAAUAAAAAUAGAGGAGCCCAGGCCGCAAAUCAAGCUGCACACGCAGCAGGACAACAACAAAUGGCCGGACAAUCCAGCUCCGCGAGGCAGGACGAACUGGCAAGACUAGUGGCCGCCUCGAAUGAAAACAACAACCGCUUACCACGAUAUCCUGGACUUGAAAGGUGGUCACUUAUCGAGAAGAUGGGUGAUGGAGCAUUCAGCAAUGUUUACAAGGCCAAAGACUUAGAAGGCCAAGCUGGAGAGGUGGCCAUCAAAGUGGUCCGAAAAUAUGAGAUGAACUCUAAUCAGGCAGAUGCUCAUCUUCAUCCAAACUUCAACAAGAAGCAACCCAAGGGCGUGGAGAGACAAAACAUUCUCAAAGAAGUUUCCAUUAUGCGUGGUCUAGAUCAUCCGAAUAUCAUCAAACUCAUCGAAUUUUCCGAGUCAAAGCAAUACUAUUAUCUUGUUUUGGAGUUGGCACCGGGCGGAGAAUUAUUCCAUCAAAUCGUCCGUCUCACGUAUUUUAGUGAGGACUUAUCACGACACGUUAUUAGACAAGUUGCAGAGGCAUUACAUUAUCUUCACGAAGAAAAAGGUGUCGUACACAGGGACAUCAAACCAGAAAACAUUUUAUUCGAGCCAAUACCGUUCAUUCCAACCAAGAACCCGCGACCGAGGGCUUCUGAAGAUGAAGACAAAGAAGAUGAGGGUGAAUUCAUCCCGGGUGUUGGAUCCGGUGGUAUUGGAAGGAUCAAGAUUGCCGAUUUUGGUUUGAGUAAAAUCGUGUGGGAUACCCAAACCAUGACACCAUGUGGUACUGUAGGAUAUACCGCGCCAGAGAUUGUCAAGGACGAGCGAUAUUCCAAAAGCGUUGAUAUGUGGGCAUUAGGUUGUGUCCUUUAUACCUUGCUCUGCGGUUUUCCUCCAUUUUACGACGAAAGUAUCCAGGUUUUGACUGAAAAGGUUGCAAGAGGUCAAUACACAUUCCUUUCGCCAUGGUGGGAUGAUAUUUCCAAGCCAGCACAAGAUCUUGUCUCACAUUUGUUAACGGUGGAUCCCAAAAAACGAUAUACAAUCGAGCAAUUCCUUCAACAUCCUUGGAUCAAGGGUUCCGAGGAACCUACUUACGCAGCACUUGAUGCUCCACCAUUGGCUACUCCAGCUGUUGAACGCCAACGCCAAUUGGGCGGUAGCUUGCGAGCCUUCAAUCCAGAUCUCUUGGAGUCUCCUGGGGCUGGUAGACGUAUGGAUUUCCGUAGUCCUGGUGCCGUCAAUUUGCGUGAAGUCUUCGACGUUGGUUAUGCUGUUCACAGGCAAGAAGAGGAAGCCAAACGAAAGAAGAACUUUAAACAAGGAUAUCGAGGAACUGCCGCCCUGAACCCCCUCAACCCUAUCGAUGAUGAAGAUUUUGAUGAGAGCGACGAAGAGAACUACGAUGAGAACGGAGUACCUUCAAAGGCACCCAAGUCUGGGCAAUCAGAUGUUGCACAAGUCGGCGAUGCUUUGCGAAAUACAAAAUUGAAUCCAAAAUCCACAGCCCCAGCUAAAGGCUAUGGACAACACAGUGCCCAGGUGACUGCAUCUGCAAAGCGAGACAUCAAACCAAGAAAUGGCGCUUUCGAACUCAAUCUCGAUGGGGCAACUCUACUUGGUCGACGUCACAAACAACCACCGCCAAGUAAUCUGAGGGAGUCAAUGGUUGCGCAAUAGCAUUAAUUUUGAGAAUAGCAGAAUUCAUUUGUCCUCAAAGUCCUUUUUUUCAUGGAAUCAAGACCUAUUGUGCUAUUCAAAGACCUCUUUACUCCCGACUGCAAUUCUAUUUCUUCUAUUGCAAUACAUUGAGGCUCCCUCCACAAGAUACGUGGCGAACACCACAUUUGAUGUCUGCAUAAUUCUGGCAUCAACUUUCUUUCCGGACACCAUGCCCAAGUUGACGUUGACCAAGCAUGAUGAAGAUUCGAAAGCCAAACAUUACAUACAAUUCAUUAUAUGGGGGGAAUUUAUUUGUGUCUUUCAUUCGUUGGUUCACAUUGGCGUUUGGAGAUGGGGAAUAAAUUGCCUGGGGAUAAUGUGCUAAUGACUGGCGGUGUUCAUGGACCUCUGAUCAUACUUUCUUUCUUCACUUCUUCACUAUUUCAUGCGGCCGCCUCAGUUAGGGAUCAUUAUGAAUCACUGAGUACACGAGGCAGAUGAAUAAGUUUAGUACUGUCUACAGCAGUACUAUCCCUGAUACUUUAGAUCCUUGAAAUUCAUUCUUUUCCUUUAGGUUUUUUGUCAUGCAUUCAUAGCUUUUCUGCGUUGGGGGUUUGGUAGGCAGAUACAUGGUGCUGGGCCAGUAAAUAGAUUUUAAAGAUCAAUGGACUUUUACAUAUUAAAAUCA